GCUUGAACAGUGCCGCCGCGAAGAAAAUAGCGAAAUAUGAGAGAAGAGUUUAAUACAAAUACAGAGAAAAGACAAAAAUACGGCCGGAAAAGCGUUUUAAUCGUUGCUCGUUAAUGUAAUAAUAAUAAUACGUUAAUACGGUACUAUAAUACGUUAGUAUAAUAGGUUACGUCAGCUUCUGUGUGCAACGCCUUGAGAUAGUGUGCGCCGACCGUGCUCGAGUGUGAAAAUCGGACCACAAUGAGUUCGCGAGGUAUUUUGCAGGUUUUCUCACCGAAAGGCAUCGGCUUUCUGGCUUCCGCCGGCCGGUUGCCGGGCCGGACGGCGUGUGGCAGCACCGCCCACCCGCAACAGCACCGACCCUUCAGCCGACAUCUCUUCACACCGGCCGCCAUCCAGCAACCGCUAGGAAGCGGCGAACGUUCCAGCUGUCCCACACUGCGGAACUGCAGGACGUUUUACACUUCAAACAUUCUGCACAAAAAGGACUAUUACGGUACGCUGGGUGUGACAAAGAACGCAUCACCGAAAGAGAUCAAAAAAGCGUACUAUCAGCUGGCGAAAAAGUACCACCCGGACACGAACAAAGACGAUCCGGAUGCGGGCCGGAAGUUUCAGGAAGUUUCCGAAGCUUACGAGGUGCUGAGCGAUGACACGAAACGGCGCGAGUACGACACCUUCGGACAAACGUCCGAACAGAUGGGCCGCAGCGGCGGUCGCCCAGGGGCCGGUGCUGGACCGCAAGGAUUCUCGCAGAACUGGCAGUUUCGGUCGACCAUCGAUCCGGAGGAGUUGUUCCGGAAGAUUUUCGGUGACGGUGGCUUUCAGUCAGGUUUUGACGAUUUUAGCGAUUCCAAGUUCGGGUUCGGCGGGGCACAGGAGAUCACGAUGAACCUAACGUUCGCACAGGCCGCCCGGGGGGUGAACAAGGACAUCGACGUGAAUGUGGUUGACACGUGUAUGAAGUGCAGUGGUUCGCGCUGCGAACCCGGUACCAAACCGGGCAAGUGUCAGUACUGCAACGGCACGGGUAUGGAAACGAUCUCGACCGGACCGUUUGUGAUGCGAUCGACGUGCCGCUACUGCCAGGGGACCCGGAUGUACAUCAAGUACCCGUGCCUGGAGUGCGGCGGUAAGGGUCAGACGGUGCAACGAAAACGGGUUACCGUACCGGUGCCGGCCGGUAUUGAGGACGAGCAGAUGGUGCGCAUGAACGUGGGUAGUAAGGAGAUUUUCAUCAAAUUCCGGGUAGAGAAAAGCCGCUACUUCCGACGGGACGGAGCCGAUGUGCACACGGACGCGAGUAUCUCUCUGUCGCAAGCGAUCCUAGGAGGAACGAUUCGCGUCCAGGGUGUGUAUGAGGAUCAAACGAUCCAGAUCGCACCGGGAACGUCCUCACACACGCUUAUCAAUCUCUCCGGCAAGGGGCUACGUCGGGUGAACAGCUACGGUAGUGGCAAUCACUAUAUCCAUUUGAAGAUUCAAGUACCGACCAAACUAACCCCAAAGCAGAAAGCGCUCAUACAGGCAUACGCGGAACUGGAAGAAGACACACCUGGACAGAUAAUGGGAGUUACGUUCAAGACCGAUGGUGGCAAAGUGUGCUACGCCGAACCGCAAGAUUUGACCGACAUGGUGCGAGAGGCGCUGAAGGAUCGCACUAAGCUCCCGACAUCCUCCAGUAGCGACAGUGAUAGCAGCAGCGAAAGCCAAGCCAAGCCAAAGGAUGAAGAGGCAGCAGCAAAGACCCGAAGCAGUAACUGAGCCUUCAGCCCAUCAGAUGGGCCUCUGUGUCCUGAUUCGGAUUAGCAAAGAAACCGAUGCCACGAAGUGCGUAAUCUUACAAUUAUCUGUUUUAAUGAUAAUUUCCACAGGAAAAAUUAACAUGGAGAGAUAGAACACGCAUUCGCAUGACGGAAGCUUAGUACUAAACCGAAACCCGCAACCGGAAUCACAUCUUCUCGUACGUUUCCGAAUGUCCGCAGGUUUCACAAGUGCGUGUGUACGUGUCCUCCGCUUCGUUGUACACCUCGGAGUCUCCGAACUCGUGCACGUGCCCCUGUCCCGUCUUGUCGUACAGGCUGCUUCGCACAUCCAUCCGCAGUUCCUUGAGCCGCUUGUUGUACUUCUUCACCUUGGCCACCUCGCGCUUCUCUUCGCGUUGUUC